AUGGCAGAGGAAGGCGAAGUUGAGGAAGAGGAUGUGUUCUUGACCUUUGCCCGGUGGCCUUCUCCUCCUCGAGGUCCCUGGCGACAGGCCUUGGACAAGACCUUCUUUAUCUUCCUGCUCCUACUUAUGACUCUCCUGACACUGGAUGCAGUUUAUCGGCUGUUGGGGCUGCUGCCAUGGACAAAGUUUGGAGACUGGCUCCUAGAAACACCUCAGCAGGAAAAGGAACUGGAAUUGUGA